AUGCAUCCGACACGUCGCCAUCGCUUGCCUUACUACAUCUACUCCGGCUGCAUUAACAUCUCACUCGGCGUAUUCUUGCCUGCCACCAUGAUUGCUAAAUUGUUUUUCAUUGAGAAUUUGUCACAACUUAUUGGCCUGCUCUAUUUGGGCGUCACACUGACCAUGGCCACGGCCAAGCAAUGGUCGCUCUGGUUGCAUCGUUCCAAACUGCUGGCCGUCAACCAGUAUCUCGACAAGUUGGAUGCACGUUGCAUGCCACAUGCUGUGGAUCGCCAACACAUACGCACGGCCAUACGGAUUUGUCAUCUCUACUACGCCGGCUAUAUGUUUGUCUACGAGUUGUGUAGCAGCGGUUUUGCUUACAUCGGUUUCACGCUGCGUCAGCUGGUCUACGACGGCUGGUUUCCACAGUUCUAUGCUGACGAGGCGACGAAUUUGACUGUGACUCUGAUUUAUCAGAAUUUCGCGGUCAUGUCGUUUUUUGUGCUGCAGAAUGUCAACAACGAUAUGUAUCCGCAAUGCUAUUUGGCCAUGAUGAUCGGGCAUUUGCGUGCGCUAACGGCGCGCAUUAGUCGCAUCGGUAAAGAUGGUGUGCUGAGCGAGGAAGAGCAUAUUGCGGAGUUGACGAAUUGCGUUGAGGAUCAUAAGAAUUUGUUGGGCUACUUCGCCUGCAUACGUCCGGUUAUUUCACGCACAAUUUUCAUGCAAUUCGGCAUCACCGCUUUUGUGCUCUGCCUCACCGCUGUCAAUUAUGUCGCCUUCGAGCGUGAUGCCGCGCAAAUGCUCAUUGCUGCCACAUACAUUUUUGCUGUGCUCAUCGAAGCGCUGCCUUGCUGUUGGUAUGUCAAUUCGCUCAUGGAAGAGUGCGGCGAACUCACCACAGCGCUGUACAAUUGCCAGUGGUAUGAUCAGAAUCGCAAAUUCCGCAAAAUGCUCAUCAUUUUCAUGCAACGCUCACAGCGCACAAUGCUGCUGAUGGCUGGCGAUUUGGUGCCGAUCACACUGCAGACAUUCCUGAAUGUGAGUUGUUUAGGUGUGCAAAUAUUAGAAAGUGUUGAUUUUUAUUAA